AUGAUCGAAGAAAUCCUCGCAGAUGAUUCUUUGGAAGUAGCUUUGAUACGAGUAGAGUCUGAGCAAAACACGUGCAACGUCGAUGCUGACGGGUACGAAAAGAUGCUAGACUCAAGUGGAAGAAUUAAAAAGACUGUCGCUUUUCUAAGUCUGGGGGAAACGAGCAAUCAGAUUUCACCAGAAGGAGCAACUGCUCUUAGAAAGCAGACCAAACCGACCAGCCUACUCGAUGAUUCCUGGAGCGAACUCAAGGCUCCAAAGAUCGAAUUAAAGUCCUUUCCAGCGGGACUCAGGUAUGCAUUUCUUGGACCUAAUUCCACAUAUCCUGUCAUUGUGAACUCUGAACUCAAUAAUGUUGAAACUGCUAAACUUUUAUGUGAAUUGAGAAAAUGCCGAAAGAUUCUCAUUCACCCAGACGAUCAGGAGAAGACGACUUUCACGUGUCCCUACGGCACUUUUGCCUACAGGAGAAUGCCGUUUGGAUUGUGCAACGCUCCUGCGACAUUCCAGCGUUGCAUGAUGUCUAUUUUCACUGACCUAAUUGAGGACAUAAUGGAAGUUUUCAUGGAUGACUUUAGCGUCUAUGGGGACUCCUUUUUUGUAUGUUUGUCAAACUUGUGCAGGGUCCUUCAGCGGUGUGAAGAAAAGCAUCUCGUGUUGAAUUGGGAGAAGUGUCACUUCAUGGUGCGUGACGGGAUUGUUCUCGGUCACAAAAUCUCAGAGAAAGUGAUCGAAGUGGACAAAGCAAAGAUAGAAGUGAUGAUGACUUUACAGCCUCCAAACUCUGUCAAAGAAAUCAUGAGUUUCCUCGGACAUGUUGGUUUCUACAGAAGGUUCAUCAAGGACUUCUCCAAAAUCGCAAGACCACUCACUAGACUGCUCUGCAAGGAAACAAAAUUUGAGUUCGAUAGUGAUUGUUUGGACACCUUCCACAUGAUCAAAGGAGCUCUAGUCAGUGCACCCAUUGUGCAACCACCAUAUUGGGAACAUCCUUUCGAGAUCAUGACUGACGCAAGCGACUUUAAGGUUGGAGCAGUGCUCGGCCAACAAAAAGAUAAGAAGCUUCACGUGAUCUAUUAUGCAAGCAGAACACUAGAUGAAGCUCAAUGUCGCUAUGCAACUACAGAGAAAGAACUUCUGGCGAUUGUCUUUGCCUUCGAAAAAUUCAGAUCCUACCUCGUUGGCUCCAAGGUGAUAGUGCACACGGACCAUGCAGCGUUGAGAUACUUGCUCACAAAGAAAGAUGCGAAACCAAGGCUGCUACGAUGGAUCUUAUUGCUCCAAGAAUUUGACCUAGAAAUCAAGGACAAAAAGGGCAUUGAGAAUGGCGUUGCAGAUCACCUAUCCAGAAUGAAGAUAGAUGAAGACACAGCACUUGAUGACAGCCUUCCAGUCGAGCAUGUCUACUCGAUCAGUCUGGGAAGCGUUACAGAACAACCGCUCCUUCCAGUUCGCUCCAGCAUUCUGGAACACCUUGUCUGUGCAAUCAAAAAGCAACAUCCCAAUCUUCCAUGGUUUGCUGAGAUCGCCAACUAUCUGGAAACUGAGAAAGAACCUGUCAAAUUCACUGGCAAUGAUAAAUGGAAAUUUCUAAGAGGAGCAAGACACUACUAUUGGGAUGAACCCUAUAUGUACCAAAGUUGCAAGGAUGGAGUAUUCCGACGAUGUGUUUCUGAGUCCGAGAUUCCAGGAAUCCUCUACCACUGUCAUGGUUCCUCUUAUGCAUGGCAUUUUGCGACAUUUAAAACUGUGUCUAAGAUCCUUCAGGCCGGUUUUUGGUGGCCAACAAUGUUCCAAGAUGCCCAUUCCUACAUCUCUAGAUGCGACUCAUACCAGCGCCAAGGGAAUAUCAGUAAACGGAAUGAGAUGCCUCAGAACUUCAUCUUGGAAGUUGAAGUAUUCGAUUGUUGGGGGAUUGAUUUCAUGGGACCAUUCCCACCAUCCUUCAAGAACGAAUACAUAUUGGUAGCAGUUGAUUACGUUUCUAAGUGGGUGGAAGCAAUAGCCAGUCCCACAAACGACGCAAAGGUGGUGACUAAGAUGUUCAAAACCAUAAUCUUUCCAAGAUUUGGGAUAAAAAUCAAAAAUCCUGAGUUGCUCAACAAGGAACAGUCUCCGAUUUUUCGGAGUAGCUGCUCCGCUAAGGACUCUUCCAUCAACGAUCGAACGAUGGCUCCUAGACGUACCAAGAUGGCUUCCAGGAUUAAACCACCGUACGCUCGAAGAGAACCGGAGGAUGACACCGUCUCCCCGACCCACCCAUGGCCACGAGAAAAGGGAACGGAGAUCUCCCUCGCUUGA